AUGACCGAAACCCCCAUUGCCUCUGUUUCGAUUUGUGAAUCAAACAUUUAUGAUUCCUCCAACUUGUCAUUAUCGUCAAUGGACGAGAAAAUGGACACAGCAAUCCAGACAUACUGCAACAAAAUGUACAAAUCGAAUAAACAAUUCAUCUACGAUAUCAUUGACGACAUCGAGAGAAUGAAUUUACCGAACGAGGAAGGAAAACUGGACUUCAUGCGCCGUUUCUGGAUCGAUCUGGGUGAAUCACACUCUCCGGUGCUCAGACAUCUCAUCCCAAAAGCAAAGCUCGAACAAUCCGAGCGUGAGAAAGCAGUGCAGCGUUUAGAAGACGUAAAGACAUUGGAUCACUACUCUAUGGAUGGAUUUAUCCCGCCUGCUUUGGAUGAUGCUCAACGCCAAGUAUUUAUCGAGACUUUUAAAACCGUGGCCAAUGAGGUUGCAGAGACCGAGAAGGACGGAGCACCGUGGAUCCAGGCCACAGACGAGUUGAAAAGCUUUCUCAAAUAUGCAUGUCGUUUGGAAGAUCCAAACUUUCGCUUUUGGGAUGUGUGGGAGUUCGCACCAUACGAUGAACGCGAUGGGGAUAAGACCCCAGCAGAGCUUCGCGAAAAUUUUCUUGAACAGCUACGAGAUGAGCACAGCUGCAUAGUGGACGAUUUGGUUCCGAAUAUAGAGCCAAAAGCAUGCUUUCUUUGGGGGGAAACCACCAGAGGGAAUGAGACAUACUGGACUAUCUACGCGUAUUGUCCAAUUCACGAAUGGGGAUUUAACUGCGAUAAAAGCAAGAAGGAUCAUCAGUGGGCUUGGCGGAUACUCCUUACUGGCCUCAGCAUGUACGAUAGUUUGGGUUACACGACUUUUGAUAGCAUUCUGGACUUCAUAAAUUGGCUUGGAAGCUGGUCUGAGCGGAUGGACCCGAAAGACUUACGGCAACAGGUUUUUGAAGACACAUAUGGUAGGUUUCCAUCACAAAGUGCAUAUGCCCAGCUCAAAUGA